GGGUCCCGCCCGGCCAUGGCGGGGCCGUGGCAGCACCGCCCGCAGCCCGGGGACACUCUGCCGGGGCUGGCGCUGCGCUACGGAGUCACGGUGGAGCAGAUCAAGCGCGCCAACCGCCUCUACACCUCGGACACCAUCUUCCUCAAGCCCACCCUCCUCAUCCCCGCGCCGCUGCAGCCGGGGGGACCCUGUCCCCAGGAUAACGACCCGGAUGCUCCCGCUCUGCCAGGUGACACUUCGGCCACUGUCACCCCAUCCCGCCACGACCUCUCCGCCACAGAUUUCCUGCGGCAGCUCGACGCCGAGAUCGGACGCUCCAAAGCGAUGGCGGAGGCCCAACAGCUCCGCGCCGGCGACGCAGGCACGGCCGAGGCCGAAGGCUCCCGGAGCGUCGAUGCUGGGCGCGUGUUGGCCGCGCGAGGCCCGCGCCUCGGCCCCCGGCCCCUCACGCGGACCCCGCGCGCCGCCAUCCUGCGUGACACCGAGGACGAGAUCUUCACGCUGUGACACCAGGGAUGUCACUCCCACCCUGCGGUGACGGGGACAGCCCGGGGGACAACGGUUUGGGGUGAAAGCCGUGUCCCCUCCCUGUCUCCUCGAGGGACUUUUCCCGCUGUGGGACCACCCAGCGCCGGGGUGCAGUGCCAGCCCUCCCACAGGGCUACUGGGAGGCACUGGGAGCCACUGGGAUGGGGUUCACCAGCUGAUGUUUUCCCUCUGGUUGUAUUUAUUUGUCUUUGACCUCGCGGGGGGAGGCAGGAAUGUGGGACCCCCCCCUGCCUCGCCCUCCCCGGACCAGUGCCUGAACCCCAACUCCGAAAGCCCUGUAAAUAAAACGGAGCACUGUCACGCGGUUCUGCCUGUU